AUGUCGACAGAAACCGAAUUCCAUCGUAGCACCAUAUGUCUCAUCGAUCCCAUCACCAAUGGCACGUCGUGGAACGAACUCGACGCGGCCCGGACCGACGGACCCACGUUCGAGAAACUGGGGAAACAUCUUCGGACACGGUUGGUGUAUAUGGCUAGCGGUGGUACAAUUAUGGCAGCCAUUUUUGCACUAAUGACUGCAAAAUGGCCUCCAUCUGUGGCACUUUGGACUGAUGCACUCCCAGCUAGUGUAGUUGGGUUAUAUCUCGCUGCUUAUUGUUUUAUCACCGGCUUGCUUAACCAGUAUAAACUCGAACGUCUUUUCCAUUUGGGGCCUGGUGGUUUGCUUACUCUCUCCUCCGAAGGCAAAUUGCCUGGGUUUUUUUUGCAACAGUGCAUUACAUAUGUACAUUGUUGGCUCGCUUGUGCACUCCUCCUCAUCAAUUUCUAUACCGGACUCUGGUAUGAAUCACCAGAGGUCCUUCCCCGCGAGUUAGCAUCAUUCAUGGGUGUCAUUACUCUGCUGUUGGUAGUAUUUCACUUCCCCUCUCCUUUAUAA